AUGGAACACAAAUCUUCAGGACAAAAAUGCAUCAAUUUGUGUCCAAGACUUGGCCAGUGUUUGCAUCAGACUCAGCGUUGGGUUGAUUGGCAGGUGGUGUUGUGGAAGAGGUACUCCGAGCUGAAGAAGGUACAUGGGCAUUUUGAUGAGGCAGUGAUUGAAGAGAGGAGGAAAGCAGCCGAGGCCAUGCUGCUCUUCACUACGAACAUUCCUGCGCUAUACAACAGUCCUCAACUCAAAGAUUUCUUCAGGAAUGUCCAGGCUGCUCUUUCCUGUAAUGGGGACUGGUGUUGUCAAGCUCCAGAAAUGCAAAAAAGCAACAUACGAGUAGUACAAACUAGAGUGGGGCAUGCACAGAAAAAUGUGACUAAAUGGAAACAGCCCGUCAGCACAUACAUCUCGUCUCCAACUUCAUAUUAUGCUUCUCUAGAAAAUCAUGGUUGUCUACUUGACCAAUCAGAGGAGUUUGAUUUGCUAUUUGAUUCAGAAUUGGAGGAACAUGCAGAUAAGGCUCCGCCUUCACUCUCAGAUACAGACCUCGCUAUUUUUGACCCAUGUGCAAAAGAAGAACAACCACAUGGAUCACCCAGCCAUGCUGAACUUCUGUCAGUCCCUCUGACCACCCCAACGCUGCUGAACGGUGCAAACGUAGAGCUGAAUGUCGCCCAGGAGCGAGAGAGGGAGGCCGAUUUCAGUGCAGCAGUCGAUAUACUUAUGAAAGGAGUGCAUGGAGAUGUGGAUUUGAAGAGGAGGGAUGCAGUGAAGAGGAAGAUUGCUGAAGUCCUGGAGCAUGCAGAGAUAUUUCUCUCCAUACAGACUCCCACUCACAACCACAAUACUUAGAGAGUCAAUUGAAACACAUAUGCACUAACUCAAGCUUCAUCAAACAUCAUAUACCCAAGCACACUCCCACAUAUAAACUCUCACGCACUGAGUUUUGGAUUUCUCUCACACACACACACACACACACACACACACACAUUCAAAUAAUUCUGCCACACUUUCACUAUUAAGUGUAUCUUGCUGACCACCCACACUGUCAACAUGCACACACAUGCAUAUUACACACUUGACUCCCACAUAUCCCGCUUACCCAAAUAGUUACACUUGUAGCACCAUCCAUGCGGGAUGUGCCCAAUUCUGUUUCCGAACAGCACUACGCUCCCUGCACUAUA